UGGGCCGAGGAAUGCACUACCAAGAGUCGAAUGAGAUAAUUCAGAGUCUGGAAAACUUAAACUCUGAGAUUCGAGAGAUCUGGGAGGUGCUGAACAAACAACAGAAGGAAGGAACCCUCAGGAGCGCCCUGCCGCCGCCGCCGCUGGUGUACCCGGAGCUGGGCUGGCCGCCGCUGGCCGGGGCGCGGGUGCCGGCCUUCCGCCCUCCGUACGCGGGCGCGGGCGAGCAGUCGCUGGUGGAGCGCACGCGCAGCCUGCGCGAGUGGCUGCGCCAGGCACGCAUCGACACGGCCGACCUCGUCAGCCCGCCCCAGGCCUCGCUCUAA